AUGCUUUUCAAAGAGCUUUUGCUGGUAGUUGUGAGUGGCGCCUUCUCAAUUGCUUAUCCAACAGAUGCAACAACUAAAGCUACCGGUACCGAUAAUUUAAUAGAGCUUUAUUUGCUAAUGUUUGAAACGGCUUUUGCUGUACUAGAUUCUUGCUGGGUGCAAGCUGAUGAAAUGCUUACCGGUACUUUUUCCGUUAUUGUUAUUCCGAAGGCAUUGCUGGAACGUAAGGAUGUGCAUGUCGACAUCAUUUUUCCGUCACUGGACCUGCUAAACACAAAACUGGUCGUAUGUGAACCAUGGCGUUUACGUUCACCAUUCAAGAAUCUACUUCUUCUUCUUUCAGAUCUGGUUUCGACUUAUGCAUGCAUAAACCUGAAAGUAACAAGCAGCUGUUUCAAAAUCUUUUUGGGUGGAAAAAAGAGAGCAGAGUUAUUGACUCUGAUUCGAGCUCUUUUGGCUGAAGGUCUUCGUGGAAAGCAGAAUACAAUCAAAGGUGUCAUUCUGAUCAGUAAACCUGCUCCAGACGAGCUGGGAAAAGAUAACGCUGUUCGACGUGCCAAGGAAAUUUGUCGCCUCAUCAAAUCAUUGCCUGAGGCUCAAAAACUGCCUAUAUAUGCGGCCGUAAGUACUGGCGAAUACGGCCGUUUUCCCAGAACUUCAGCGAAAUUGAAACGCAUUGGACCAUUCUUUAUUUUUACUGCCAUUGAAGAAUGUACGGAGGGAAAAAUGGUACGAACGAGUCGUGGAGUUUACAGUUUCCCGCAACGGAGCCUCCAGUUGUCAAUUCGUCUAAAGCUGGAACACCAGUAA